UUCUUUCAAUCAGUUUAAAGAAACAUGGUAAAAACAUGGUUUGUUUGGUUCACAAUAUGUGCAUAUUCAAUUCAUAUUUCUUAUGUGCUUGGCAUAGAGGAUAUCACCUUUAAAAAUGGACAGGUUGAUAUUAGCAAGGCCUUCACUACUUGCAGCAGAGGGUGGUUUACCUUUGGAGAAAUGUGUUACAAACUAGGAGGUAGAAAGAACAUAGGGAAAUUAACUUGGGACGAAGCACAGGAGGCUUGUAAAGAGGAAUACAACGGUAAUUUGGCUACUGUUUACUCCCAGAAAAUACAAGAUUUUUUUAACACUUUUUUGUUGUUGAACGCACAAUCGAAUGUCUGGAUUGGACUUCAUGAUAAAGGCAACGAGACAGAUUUCAAGUGGGCAGAUGGUACAAAGUAUAAUUACUCUAAUUUUGAACCUUUGGAACCUUCAGGCUUCGCCAAACAGGAGGAAGACUGCAUUGAAAUGACUUUCAAAUCUACGAGACCACUUGGGAAGCCAGGCCAGUGGAACGAUAUGAGGUGUAGUAGAGAAAAUCAGUUCAUCUGUCAAAAACCAAAAGACAAACAAAAUAGUGUAAGUGUGCUGGAUCCUCGUUACUGCACUACAAAACAAGGCAUAGGAUGGCGUUUCGAGAAAUCGUGCUUUUAUGUUGUUACAGAAAACAAAAAUUGGUCAGAAGGCGAAAAUUUUUGUGUCGAAGAAUACAAUGGACAUCUAGCGACAAUCGACUACCGUGUCAACGAAUAUCUGAAAUACGUUCUCCAAAAAGUUACAGAACAAAUGUGGAUUGGAAUUAAAAUUAAGGAAGUUCCCCAGCAAAAAUGGUCCUCCGGAUGGCUUGUAUCUUUCGAGAACUGGCCGCAACAAGACGAAUAUGUGGACGGAACAUGCGUAUUGCGAGAUAGAAAUGGCACUUGGCUGAUAAAAUCUUGCAAGAAGAAACUGUGGUUCCUUUGUGAAUAUUCCACUGCAACUCCACCUGCAUUAAAACCACCUGUAGAAAACGUACAUUGUCCAGAAGAGCCAGCAGGAUGGAGAGACUUAGAUUUAGAUCUUUGUUAUUACAUCGACUUACGUGCACGUGUCAAUUGGUAUGAAGCAAAUUUCAAUUGCAUGAGACGAGGUGGUACAUUAGCUAGUAUUCAUUCGCAAGAAGAAGUGGAUGUUUUAUUUCAGUUUCUUCGGUAUAACCCCAGACUUGCAAUAUACAUCGGUCUAUAUCGUUUUAUGAAAAAUGACCCUGGAGCAGACGAAGAAUUUGUAUGGGCCGAUGGAUCGAAGUUGGAUUUCAUUUACUGGGACGUUGGUGAGCCAAAUCUUCUGAAGGAAAAAUGCUCUGAAAUAUGGAUAGAAAACAUGAGAUGGAAUGAUCAACUAUGCACUGAAAAAAGAGGGUAUAUUUGCUCUGUCCCUAAGGUCACACAGAACAACAGCACGACAUCUCCAUUUCAAUCAACAUGUAAAAAUUCCAUCUCCAUCGGCUCCUUGUUGGGUGUCAUAGCCUGUGUUCUCGUCUUUUCUCUUCUGAUCGGGCUGGUGGUGUACCAUUUCAAACUAUGUGACAGAGGAUACGAAAGAGUCAAAAAGCUAUCCGGGACGAAAUUGCAGCCGCCUUUAGAAUUGGAUAAGAAAAAAAGAUACCGAUCAGAGAUAAUAGUAACCGAUGACACAAAUUAUGAUAAUAUGGCAUGAAUGUUACUUGUACACCGAGGUUACUUGUAAAGUACCCACGUCACACUAUGUUUUGUGCAAACAAACGUGAUCAAGCUAUGUUAAAAUGACCAAAUUUUCUAAAUAAUUAGGCUGAGAAAUAUAGAAUAAAAUCAAAAAUAAUAAAUAAAAUAUAAAAAUUAGAGAAAGAAACAAGCUGUUGUAAUUUUUAUUAAAAGGCAGGCAGAGUUAAAUGAGCAUACGUAAAAUACAUGAUGGUCAUAAAAACGUUUCCCUAUAUACGAAUCUUUAUAGAUUUAUCCGCUCAUCCAAUCAAAAAGAAAUUUCAGUAUGUUUGUAUUUAAAAGCAUUAACUCGAGAUUGCGAUAAUUAAAACAGUAAAGCUCUCACAGUUACAGUUGCAUUGAAAGAUAUCACAGUUGUCGAAUGGCUGUACCCGCUUUUGGGAUUGAAAAAAACUGAAAUUGAUUUGUGCUGCCACUCGAAAUCUUCGAAAAACAGCACAAAUCCAUCAGCGUAUUAAAAAAACCAUAAAUAACUUUGAAACAAUAUAAAUUUGGAGAAAAUUAUAGGCAUAAAACGUUUACAAAGAAGAUAAUUAUAAAGGAUUAGUAACAAAACAAGUGAGUCGAAGGGAAAAACUUUUAUUGGAAUGACAAGUUUUGAAUAUGCUUACCUUAGCAGGUGAUAAAGAAUUGCAUGCGGAAAACUGUUUACAACAUUGAAGAACCUUAACAUGGCAAGAGAAAUCUAUAAAACUUCGCAUUUUAUGACCUCUUUGAAUUCUGGCAAAUCUUAUGCAUUUUAUAUGCACACAUUAUCUUUCAGAUAAUUGCAGAACAUGGGAUUGUUGUCUGUGGAUCUCGAUAGCCAUGAGACUGAAAAGUUAUCGGAGAUUACUAUAUCGCCAAAAUGCUGUUACAACACUGGCCAAACACAUGUGGCGAAGGGUGCAGAAAUACUACCUUGCAUCUAAACAACAUCAUUAAUAACUGUUGCUGUUGCAAUUCUGGAAUUACGUAAUUUGAAGCAAUGUUGAGUGCUGAUACUUGUGAUGAAGCUCAUUUUGAUACCUGUGGAAGUGACCUCUUCGAAGAUUUAUGGACGGAGACGAAUGUGCUUCCGAUGUCACACCACAUAGUCAUUUUUGCUUUGUGUAAAGGAACUGUGGCUACAUCGUUCGGAUUUUAGAUCAGUCCAGUGAGCAUAGUUGUUGAUGUUUAAGUUCCCAAUUAAGAAGAAAUAUGCUUCAUCAGUCCAUAAUAUCCGUACAUUCCCUUGAUGUCUUUAUCUUAUCUGAAGGAAGGAAGAGAAAUUCGCAAAGUCGACAUGCUGUUCCUCGUCUCCAGGUUACAUCUUGAUGUGCUGGAAUCGACAAAGAAAUAUCAAUAGAACAGAGCACUAAAGCUGGUUGACUGUGGUUAAUAAAUAUGCUGUGGUUGCAGAUUAUUAAAGGUUUUCCACUAGCUA